CCUGGGGAGCUGGAGGCUGUGUGUUUGGGGCCAGGUCUUGGGCGGUGCCAGGGGCCCCGGGGCAGAGCUCUGACAGAGUGACCACUGAACACAGGGGCCGGAGACCACAGGGUGUUGGAGCAGAAUCCUGGCAGACCAUAGGCCAGCUGAGCAGCUCUGGAUGAACAAGGAAUUUGGGACCCACAGAGAGAAGGUACGCAGGCAGCCACUGAAUCCUGGAGAUGAAGGGCGUUCUCAUACUGGCCUGGUUCCUGGCUUGUAGUGUGCCUACUGUCCCAGGGAGCUUGCUGGACCUGAGUUCAAUGAUUGAAGAUGUGACUGGGAAGCCUGCCUUGAAGAGCUUUGGCUUCUACGGCUGUUACUGUGGCUGGGGGGGCAAAGGGACCCCCGUGGAUGCUAUUGACUGGUGCUGUUGGCGGCAUGACGUCUGCUAUGCGGAGCUGGAGAGGAAAGGCUGCAACGUCUUGACACAGUCGUACAGAUACAGAGUCAGACAGGGCCUGGUCACCUGUGAACUCGGGUCCCACUGCCAGAUGGAGCUCUGUGCCUGUGACCAGAAGCUCGUCCACUGCCUGAAGAGAAACAGAAGGAGCUACAGCCCUCUUUACCAAUACUUCCCCAACUUCCUCUGCAUCUAAUUGUCCACUGAGCUCCUCCUGGACCACGAAUUUUACUCCCUUCUUCUCCAGCACAGAGCUCACCUAUGCUGCUGGGUUCCUCAGAGAGUCUCCUGGGUUCUGUGAGCUCCUUCCUUUUCAAUGGUCCACGGGGCUUGAAGGAGCCCCAUGGCCACACCUCACCCUCCAGAGAGUCCCAUGGAAGUGACUCUGGUCAUCGGACUUGAUAAGGUCAGGGUCUCUGGCCGCCGGAUGCAAGGUCGGCUGCUCUGGUGCCGAGAGCCCGCCCCUCGCUCCAGGCCAGCCGUGUGUCUCCUCGCCCCUGAAGACAGCCCUGCUUCUCUACGAGGAAGACUUUCUCGGGAUGCAUUCACUUUUCAACUCUUCAGUCGGAGGAUCACUGCCACCCUGUAGAGAAGUUUUGCUCAAGUAGAAGCAACAUUGACUCCAUACAUCUAUCAUCUGGAUUUUAAAUAAAAUUCCUUCUUAAGACUAAUAAUAACCACAC